AUGCCCAACCUCCACGGUCCGAACGAGUCGGUCAGACAGCUGUAUAUGAACGCCGUCCUGUCCGGGGCCCUUUACGGGACCCCGGUAUGGAGUGGAAAGGCUCUGGCUAGCCGCCGUAUUAAGGCAAGGUUGCACAACGUGCAACGGCGGCUGGCCUUGCGAAUAUGCAGAGCCUACAGGACGGUGUCGUAUGCGGCCGUCAUGGUCCUCGCGGGGAUCCCCCCUGUUGAAUACGUGGCCGACGCCCUGGCGGAAUCCUUCGCCAGGGUGCUCACCGGACACGGUUGUUUCGGGGAGUACCUGUGUCGCAUAGGCAAGGAGCCGACCACUGGUUGUCGUCACUGCGACGGGGACCGGGACAUCGCGCAGCACACGCUAGAGGCCUGCCCAGCGUGGGCGGGCGAGGGCGGUGUCCUGGUCCGAGAAAUUGGAGAGGACCUCUCCCUGCCGGCUGUCGUGAGAGCGAUGAUCGGCAGGGAGAGUGCUUGGGCGGCCUUCUCCUCCUUCUGCGAUCGGGUGAUGUCGCAGAAGGAGGAGGCAGAAAGGC